AAUGUGGCAACCGUAUGGUUCAAGCGAUGCCUACGCGCUUCUCUUCUUAGUUUGUCUCAGUAUUUGUGGCGAAUACACGCAGGCUCUACGUAUACCACCUGAAUAUAGAAAUUAUGAUGCCAAUGAAAACAAUGGCACAUCAAUUGAAGGUCGUAUCGUGGGCGGUGUGGCGGUGGCGGAGGGUGCCGCUCCCUAUCAAGUGCUAAUCAAAACCAUCUGGGAUUCACAUGUUUGUGGCGGUGCCAUCUUAUCAGAGCGUUGGAUACUCACCGCUGGCCAUUGUGUGGAAGAUUUUUCACUAGAAUCAUUACGUAUUGUUGUUGGCACGAAUAAAUGGAGUCAACCGGGUGCCACAUUCCGACCGGAGCUCGCCUACCGUCACUGCCGUCAAGAUAUGCCGAUGUAUCAAAAUGAUAUUGCUGUGGUGCGUCUCAACGGCACCAUCUCAUUUAAUAAUGUCACACAACCGAUUGAGUUGCAUACGCAACCACUUAAUGCUGGCGAUCCUGUUGCAAUGACGGGCUGGGGUAGUCCGCUGUUGAACCAGCCGAAUACGGAGUUGCUGCAAACACAAAACUUUACGGUUGUCUCCCGCGCGGAGUGCUUAGAGCGUUGGGAGAAUCACGAGGGUGUUGGUUUUGGACACAUUUGCACAUUUAGUAGAGAGGGUGAGGGCGCUUGUAAUGGCGACUCGGGCGGUCCGAUAGUUUAUAAGGGGAAGUUGGUUGGUUUGGUUAAUUGGGGUGCACCCUGUGCGAGAGGCAAGCCGGAUAUGCAUGCGAGUGUCAUAUACUAUCGGGACUUCAUUGAACGUUCGUUGGAGCAAUGUACGCGUCAGCGGGCAUAACGGUCUUGUUGCGACGAAA